AAAUAAAUGUCUUAAUAGAAAUAAGGGGUAGAGAAAAGAGUGGAGAAAUAUUAAUACAACACAUAAAAUUUUUUGGGAGAUGGAUCAUAUGGAUAAGUAUUUAAAGGGACAAAUACAAUAACACAAUAAGCAUAUGCUAUAAAGGUGAUUCCAAAGAACAAAAUAUAUAAUCCCGAAGCAUUAAACUAUGAGCUAAAAAUAUUGACUAAAUUAAAGGGUGAGAACAUUGUAAGAUUAUAUGAAACAUUUGUGACAUAAAAUAAUUACUAUUAAAUAAUGGAUUUAUGUGAUGGAGAUUUAAGAAAGUAUUGAAUAUAUUUAUAACUUAAUUAAGAUUAUUAGAAAAAUAGUAGACAUUAACAGAAGAAGAGACAAUUCGAUUGAUGUUAGAUUUAUUAAAAGGAUUUUUGGAAUUAAUCUAAAAUGGCAUAAUACAUAGAGAUGUAAAACCAGCUAAUAUUUUAAUUUCAAAUGGAAAAUACAAAUUGGCAGAUUUCGGAUUUGCCAGAUUAGUUGAUAAUUAUGCUUAAUAAUUAUUUGUAACUGUUUUGGGUACUCCACUAUAUAUGAGUCCAUAAUUAUUGUAAAAUAAGCAGUAUUGUUAUAUUUGUAAGAUAGAUAUUCAACUAAAUGUGAUAUAUGGUCACUUGGGUUUAUAAUUUAUGAAGUGUUAUUUGGAAAGAGUAUAUAAAUAUUAUCUUAUAUAUAUUUAAGCUCCUUGGACUGCUAAUUCAAUUGUAGAGUUACUUAAAAAUAUUCAAGAAAAACCUUUAAUGUUUCCAGAUAAAAUAAAAUAAGUAAGUGAUAAUAUGAAAGAUGUUAUAAGAAGAUGUCUUAUCAUUAAUGAAGGUAUUUGUGUUACAUAUAAUUAAUUUAAAUUAGAAGAGAGAAUAAGUUGGUUAGAUUUGUAUAGACAUCCUUUAUUUGCAAAUUAAUUUAAUGACAUUGUUAAUUUGGAUGAUAUUUGUAAUGUAAAUUUAAAAAAUUAAAUUUAGAACAAAGAGAGAUAUAUAAUUAGUAUAAUAAGGAAUGAGAUAGUUAGAUAAGACAUUUCAAUAGACUUGUUAGUUUAGAAAUUGAAUUGGGGUUAACAAGUGAGUAUAAAAGAUAUGGAGAAUUUGUUUUUGAGAGUUGAUAAUUAAUUAUAAAGAAUUCAAAUAGAAAAUAUAUUCAAUAAGAUAGAAAAAGCAAAUAAUUAAUAUUUAACUAUGUAAGAGUUUAAAAAAUGGUUAGAAAAGUUUUCUGUAAUAUAUAAUUUGAGAUAAUUAAUUUUAGAUUCCAUUUUAAUCUUAUAGAUAGUCAUCAAUAGAAUGUUUUAAAGUUAUAAAGGGUACAAUAAAGUAAUUCAAUUAUACAUUGAGUCAGUAUUAUGAAAAGUUUAAUAUAGCCAAAGAUGGAAAACUAAAAUAUGAAGAAUUUAAAUAGUUAGUUUUGUAAUAAAUAUUAUAAUAAUAAUAAUAUAGACGUUGUUCUAAUAAUCAAAUGUUUGAAGAGAAUAUAAAGAAUGCUUUUGAAUAUAUAGAUUAAUAGAAGAUUGGAUAUAUAACAUAAUAAUAAUUAUAAUCAGAACUCGAUAAAAUAAAUUGA